AUGGUUUCGAACAUGGUCAACGGCACUACAGGCCAUGCCUUGGAUCUGACCGUCCUUGUGUCUGAACAGUGGGACGUCGAUGGAGAUCCCAGAUUCGCCGAUGCGCUUUCAGCUGCUGACAGCCACGGCGGCGUAGACGAAUGCUACGACUUUGAUACUGGCCUAGGCAAUUACCUAAUCAAAGCACAAUUUACCGAAUUUAAUCUGACCAAGUUCCUUUCACCAUUAGCCCGUCCGGUCGUUUACUUUCACACGAGCAUCUCGCACGCAGCGCCGCCAGUUCGCCACGGCGAGCAGUGUCUGCUGUAUCUCGUCCUCGGUAAUGCCGGCAUCCAGCCAGCUCUGACGGAAUGGAUCUCCAUGCUGCAGCUGGCCGGCGGCCCGCCCAGCCAGCCGCUUCGGGGUUUCCGGCUCCGAGCACACCGUAGUUCUGGCCCCGAUGUGGACCUUGCCGCCGUCAGCAUCAAAAUCUGA